AUGUCGAAUAUUCUCUUCGUCGCACUUCAAUGUUUCGAAUGCUCAACUAUGCAGGUGAAGCAGAAGAAGAAAAGUAGCAACAAAUGGGUUUGUGUGAUUUGUAAUCAGAAGCAAUCGGUAAGGAAGGUGUUUGCUCAGGGUUACAAAGCUAAGGAGCUUCGUUUCUUCGUUCAAUCGUUUAACAUGUCUCGCAAAGUUGCCGAUGAGAAGGAACAAGAGUAUGUUGCAGAUACGUUCUCGGAGGUUGAUUUCGAUGGAGAAAUCGAUGAGGAGGUUUCAGAUGUUUGUGGAAAGAAGAAGCGAUCUGAUUGGAGUGAGUAUCUCGAUUCCGAUUCACUUAACGAUGAUGGUCGGAAAUUAAAUGUAAAGGAAGACGAUGUGAAGAUUGUGACUGAGAUGCCGAAAGACAUGUUCAAGAGGCCUAAGCUGAACAAAUAUAGUAAUGCUGGUGGAUCAUCAUCAGUUACAGGAGGUGGGAAGAAAGAUGGUAAUGAGCUCUUCAAGCCUUCUUUCUCCAGACGCAGCAUCAAAAAGCCGGAUUUUUGUACAGAUGGAGCAAUGACGAGGAAGAAGGAUACAGAACAGAAGCAUGUAGAGUCAGAAAGGGUAACUAAGCCGGCUUCGAAAUGGGAUGCUUUCCUGAUCGAUGACGAAGGAGAAAACCGAAGACCACCACGAUUUGGUCAGAGAGAAGUCUUGAAGGAUGAUGAUGUCGGAGAAUGGGACAAAGCGAUUAUGGAGAUAAGUUCGGAAUACCAGAUAGUAGACGACGAGGUCCAUCCAGAUUUCAUGUGA